CGUCGCUAUAGAGCGGUUUUCUCAGUUGUCCAUCUUGAUUAUGUCUGUUAAAUUGUUCGAAAUAUUGUAAAUUGAAAAACAGGCAAUUGUCCAUCAAUCAUGUAUGAAGUAAUAUCCUGUGCGAAGGACACGCAGCUGCACACAUUCCCCUCGUUCAAUCUACUCUCUACAAGUGCCCAUGUGAAUGGAAAUGGGAGCGACUGCCAGUUCUUCCCGGCCUCGAAGUUGUUCCUCCGGGCGAACAAGAACUGGGGUGUGGAGAUGAUGAGAAUCAAAACUGUUGACGGAAAACCCACGCUCGGAAAUGUGAAGAAAAUUACUAUGGACAACCUGUACUGUGUGGCCUGUCCUAAAACGGACCGCGAAGAUAUCGCAAUUGGUCUAACAUCGGGAGUGAUUCGACUGAUGAAUUACAAGAAAUCUUCGGCCACCAAACGGUUCGAGGCGGAUCGCAUAGCCAAUGGGGUCACUUGUUUGGAUUUCAAUGCCACUGAUGAUUGUCUGGCGGCGGUUUAUGAAAGUGGAACGGUCAAUUUGUUCGGCAUAAAGACCAAUGCCCGGGUGGCAACAAUGACUUUUGAUAAGCACACAACCAAAGUCCGCUUUCAUCCGACCAGACGAUUCCUCAUGGCAGUGGCCUCUUACAAUGGGUCCGUUGUGUUGUAUGACACACAAUCAAAAAAGGUUGCCUUCAGCCAAUCGGAAGCACAUUCCGCUCCCUGUCGAGACAUUGGUAUGACUAGCAACUGUCCGGAUGCCUUAUUUACCGUUGGGUAUGACAACGUGAUCAAUAUAUUCGACACACGAAAGAAGCUAACCGCAUCGCAGAUUCGGUCCAACUACCCGUUUGAAUCUAUCGCCGUCUCGGAGUGUGGCGGAUUUUUCUGCGUAGGAAAUUUGAAGGGAUUCGUUUCCGGAUACGAUAUGAGAAACUUGGCGGAGCCAUUGAAGACCAGCAAAAUUCACGACAACAUUGUAAACAGUAUAGCGUUUGUUCCAAAACCGUCGGAAAAAGGAGGACACCGGGUGAGCUUCGAUCCGGCUCAGGUAUCUAAAAUCGACGAAGUCAGUUUGACGAGCAACUCUGGUGGUUCGCGACCGGGAUCAGCGAACAAUUCACAAAAUUCUCAGAAUGCCAACAAAUCCGAUCAGGAUAGUUUUAUGGGUGAAAUCGAUUUGUUCCUGCAAAGGCGCGAUUCGAUGGAUUACAUGUCUCGAUUGAGUUCAUCUUCCAGAUUGAGCACCGAAUCCCGCAGUAGCAUUAAUAUGGGAGGUGGUAACAAUUUGAUGGGGUAUUUGGACGACAUCUCUGAUAGUAAUCUGGAUGUCGAUCAGGGUGGAAAUGUUCAAAGUAACCUCGAUGAUAGUUUCGUGAACGUUAAUCGUCUGCUGAAGCGAACCACAACCACCACCACCACUAAAAAACAAAGUUUUGUGGAUCGCACUCAAAAAUCUACCAUUAACUUGGAAAACAUUCGAGAAGAAUCGCAUGACAAUGAUAGUAGCCGUACGCUUGCCGAAAUCCCUGCCGAUACAAACGUUGAACCUCAAAAACCUAUGGUCGGCGUUAAAAAAUCAGCUUCGUUUCGUCGCUCUGUUGCCACCGAAAAUAAGGAGAAUCAUUUUGAUGGCACAGAAAAAAACUCAACCCCCCAGUCGGAAGUCAUAAUCACCUCCACUCCUGACUGGGAUACACCUAAAACAGCUCUUCCAACCACCACUAGCACCGAGCCAAUACCGGCGAGUGUCCAACUCGCUCUACAGGAACUCAAGCUGGAAAUCGCAAACUUUCGUACGGAAAUCCGCGAGGAAAUGAAGGAACACUUUUUUCAGAAUAAAGUCGACCGAAAAUAUACAGCCCAAGCUACGCGAAGUCAUGCAUGGAUGGGUGCCUUCAACCUUUGGCGAGAAACACAGAAGAAGCUCGAUCGGGUGGACGAGGUCACGCAAACCGGGUUCGGACUGCUGCUGUCGAAUGAUGAAUUUACUCAGCAAUUUCUGAGAUUGCAGAGGGAAAAUGAAGCCCUCAAACAAAGGAUAGCCGAGUUGGAACAAACGAGUGUGAGGAAAUAGAAUAAUAUGUCUAGUUUUUAUCGAACUCAUGAUUGUGAACACGUUAGUUAUUUUUUUUUAAAGUAAAAUUUGACUGGUUUUAAAAUAUACACUUUUAGUUGGAGAACAUUUUCAAGAAAACCGUGUGUCUUAUUCU